GUUAGAAGAAUUAAUCAAAAAUAUGGAAACAAAAAUUAAUGUAUUAUGGAAUUGGUGGAAUGAGCCACAAGAAGAGCAGGAGAACCAACAAACCAGCAAUAAGAGUACAAACAAGCAACAAAUGCAAUAUCAAGAUACAGAAGAAAUGAGCAGAGAAGAGGAAGAAACCCCUCUGGCAAUAUACAAGGCAAUCAACAAGGAGGCAGCGAAAAGACAAGACAAACUAGAAAGGCAAAUGAAACAGAUGGGAAAAAUACUAAGUGAACUUUUGGAAAAUGGUCAGCUACCAUCUAAUAAAAAGAGACAACAACAUGAAAGACA